UGAGCCAUGAGUCUGAGCGUCGUCGGCUGUCGGAGACGACGGGGACGGCGCGGCGCCGUCGUGUGAGCGCUGCCUCGUGGCCCGAAUUAACGACCGCCGACGUCAUCUGCCCACUAGGCGAGAUGAGAAGUGGAGCUCUCGAUUCGACUGGGCGGAGGACUCGUCGUCCGCAUAAGCUUCGUCGAUCCGGCCUUCAAUCCUCCAUCAUCUCAGGCUCAGGCGACACCCAGCGCGCUAGACGCAGACGUAGAGACAAGGCUCGAUCGCGAUCUUGGCCUUGGCUACUCCACAAACGCAAGCGCACACACAAGCACAAGUGGCGACUGCGAGGCAAGCAGCAAGACGACGAGCAAGCUGCGUCCAUUCACAGCAAAUAGAGCUGUUUCUCGAUCCAAAGGGACAGCCGCCGCAUCUCUAGCAGCACCAGAGGGUCUAGUUUUCGUUUCGUCCUACUCCACCUCAACUCCCAGCAACCAAGAUGUCCAGCCACCACCCUGAUUAC